AUGCCAGUCACAUCGAAGCCAACGUUGGCGCCACUUGAUACUUCCAAAUCGCUGGUUUUUCCGUCUGAACUUCAUGACAGCCCAUUGUUCUCUGCAAAGUUUGAGAUGAUCAAACACGAGGACGCUCUGAAGACACCAAUAACGCCUCCAACCGCGUACACUGACUUGCUCAAAACGCUCACGCCAAUGAUCGCGACCCCGCUGUCGGCAAGCGCGCCCUCGACAAGCAAAAGCUUCUCGUCAUCUUCUUCCAACCCAUCGACGAGCACCAGCCCGUAUUUUUGCACCUGUCAAACACACCAAAAAUCAUUGACCACUCCUCUCCUAACUCCAUUGUCCGCUACAACGACGAGAUCACAACCGGAUAGGGUCCAAAAACCCCCGCGAACGCCGAGGACACCGAGAACUCCAAUCAACCUGCGAUCACUACGCGGUUCAGAGUCGGCAAAAGCCUCACCUGUCACGGAAUCUCCACGAAGCGCUUCAGCGCGUUCUCUAUUAUCUCCAGUGGCUGGUUCGCACGCUGAAUCAAACGUUCGAUAUCUUGAUGCGUCUCGCUGCUCCUCGUGCGCUCGCCCAGUCAUUGUCCGCCAAGUCGUCACGCGGACGAUAACAUAUAAGCGAACCCCACUCGAUCCAGCGCCCAAGGGUAAGCGAAGAAAGAUGGAAAAAAAGAAGUAG